AUGAUCGCAGACACCCGUGACGGCAAAACUGUUUCUCUAACUUGGAUCAACUAUUUUAGCAUAAUUCUCUUCUUCACUAUCAGCCUACCACUCGCAUGCUUCCAGACGGUCCUUGCUCCUUUUAUCUUCCGUGCCAAUAGCUACAAUUCCAAAACUCUUACACGUCGUAUCGGUGAUACCUUUGUUCGCGCAAGCACCGCUUACUUGCCUCUCGCAGUAGUCCAAUAUUUUGUCGGGAGUGGGUUGGAUCAAUAUCAACGAUGGGUGAAGAAAUACCAGCCUGAGAUUGGAGCACUAGUGGUCGAGUUGCCGUUGGACUUUGACGACGAGGGAAAGGGUGAACGAGGACGUGUGUUCUGGAUAGGUCCUAAGAGGACUGAGAAGGUUUUACUAUACUUCCCGGGCGGAGCGUACAUGUUUCAAGUAACAGAAAUGAUGCUUAGGUUCUGGAAAUACGCUCAAUUAGAAUGGGAAAAACAAGGACUCAAGAUUGGUAUCGCGGUUUUGUCGUAUUCUGUCGGCUCUGACCCAAAUGCAGCUUUUCCCACCCAACUCUAUCAAGCCACUCAAGCACUCGAAUACCUUCUAUCCGAAGGCUGCAACCCUUCCGACAUUCAGAUUGUGGGUGACUCUGCUGGAGGUAACCUCGUCGCACAGCUCCUCUCGCACUUGGUCCAUCCUUUCCCUGUUUCAUCUCUGGUCCCUCCGACCAACUUACCUCCAGGUACUCGUCUCCGAGGAGUAUUUAUGAUAUCUCCCUGGGUCAGCCUCUCCAACCCAGAUCAAUGGGGACCCACAUUCCAAAGCAAGGAUUACGAUGUCACUGUUUACAAAAAUUUACAAGAAGCGGGUGAACGUUAUGUCAACACCAUCUCCAACAUCAAAAACAAAAUUGACGACCUUUCGCAAGUCGUUCCAUACGCUGAACCAGUUCUCGCUCCUGAUAACUGGUAUUCUAACCUUCCCAAUACGGUCGUCGACCGGAUCCUAGUCACAGCAGGGAAAGAGGAACGGCUUUCAGACCAAAUCCAGGUGUUCUUCGAACAGAAGAUCAGGCCGUAUUAUUCGGAUGCGAUUCUUCUGGUGCAGGAUGGGGGAAUUCAUGACGACGUCUUCAUGGAUUUCUUAUUUUCGGAUACGCCGUUGGAAAAUCGGUUGACCCCUGUCGUUUUGGAGUGGAUUGCAAAGGGGUUUAGGACUGUUUAG